CCCUGUCCCCUGCCUCUGCAGAACUGUCACGUUCCCGACCAACAGGACCGUGUUCACGACCUUCAGGUUGUUUCAGCGCUCGGACGAGAAAAGUCAGCGCGUGGUCCUGGUUCUCGACGUGUCGCACAGCAUGAGACCGAGAGUUGGAGAUGAUCGGCUAGCGUUCCUCCAGUGCGCAAUGAACCACAUGAUCCGCCAUAUGCUGCACGACUACCAGGCUCUCGGGAUCGUCACUUUCAGCGGCCGGUGCCAAGUCGCGCAUCCACUCGUGGUACUGAACACAACCGACGCUCGCGAUGGAAUCGCCAAAGUCAUCGACGGUUUAGUGGUGGGAUCGGGCACCUCGAUUGGUUGCGGACUUUCCAAAGCUACCGAGAUGCUCGAAGGCAACGGCACUUCGGCAAGGGGAGGGCUGGUCUUUCUGGUCACCGACGGCGACGAGAAUUACAAACCGUGGAUCGUCGAACAACUGCCGAUCCUCGUCUCCAGUGGAGUCAAGGUCAGCACCUUUGCCCUCGGAACUCUUGCCGAAAAGAAGCUGGAAGACGUGGCCCUCCAGACCGGAGGAACAGCUUACGCAUUCGGGAACCUCAAGGCCCACCCUAUCGCCGGCUUGACCGUCUCUUUUCUGCUGUCGACGACCGCAGCGAUGCCGAAAGAGGAGCAAUACGUCGUUCUGCUCGACGAGACAGAAGCGGUCAGCGGACGGAAAGAAUUCCCCUUCACCAUCCCGAAGGAGCUCGGCCACGAGACCAAGAUUCUCGUGACCACCCCGAAUGACGAAGACUACGACCUCAAAGUGGAGGACUCGAACGGCAAAGUCUGCACUGCGUGUAACGUGACCCUGGGAAAACAGUCCACCAACAUAGACAUGCCACGAACGAGCACGACCAACACCUGGAGAUUGGUCGUAACGCCUAAAGCGGCUAGCAUCGCCGACAUCACGGUCGUGGUGCUUUCCAAGCAGCGGGUUCCUGGUCAAGACCCCAUCCGAGCCGAAAGCAGUGUCGAGCACAACAACCAGCAGACUCGCAUCUACACCAAGGUCACCAAAGGUACCGCUGCGGUCCUGGGUGCCUUGGUCACCGCCACGGUCACCUUUGGCGAACCUGGUGGAACUGGCGAGACGCUUCAACUUCUGGACAACGGAAUAGGGGCAGACAACUUGAAAGAUGACGGCGACUACUCUGCGUUCUUCACGCAACUCAAGGGCGCCGGAAGGUACAGCGUCCGUACCGACGUUAGAGUAACGAAGAACACGCGAUUAGGCCCGUACAAGGGAGCCAAGCCCCAACCUGCCGAACCGUCUACACCAUCUGGACGUUCUGGACCUCCUGGACCUCCUGGAGGGUCCGGAACAUCCGGGUCAUCUGGAUACCUUGUAACAUCCGCUUUCGGACCUUCUACAUCAUCCGGACCUCCUGGACCUUCUGGAGGGCCCGGAACAUCCGGGUCAUCUGGAUACCUCGUAACAUCCGCUUCCGGACCUUCUACACCAUCCGGACCUCCUGGACCUUUUGGAGGGCCCGGAACAUCCGGGUCGUCCGGAUCCCUCAUAACAUCUGCUUCCGGUACCUCGCCUCCAUAUCAAUUCGUUACCAAGCUCUUCAACCCAGGUGAUGCCAUGGCUUGUGGGCCAUCCGCGGAGUGCAAGAAGAGGAAAGGUCACCACGUGGCAUCGAACUCUGGACCCGCUCCUCACGCCCGGCAGACGAAAAAAAGAGUAGACGCCGAGAAAGUCACGGUGGAGGAGGACUCCAGCCGUGAGCCCGACAAGGUGACGACCGAUGUGGGCACGACCGGCGAUAACAGCUUGGACCACCGAGGUCAGAAGAGGUCUAAGCCAUCAAUUUACGAGGCGCCUCAGAUUAUUUUACAGGCCGACGACACGAAGCGGUCGUCGAAGAACAAUAACAGCUGCGUGCCUGUGCAUGCUGGCGUUGCCAACAAAAAUGAGUUGAACGUCUCGCGUGCGUGGAGUACGUCCCAGCGAGCCGAGGAUGACCACGACGAGCAGUUCCGGCAAGCCAACGACGAUUAUACUGAAAACUUGGGCGUUGGUUACAAGGAAGAACCGUGGGUAACGCCUGGGGGGCAGACGUUCCGGCAAGCCGUGGACGACGACUGCGAGAACGUGAACGACGGCGAAGGACCGAACUUAUCGCCUAGGCGGCAGGCGUUUCGGCGGGCCGACGAUGGCCACGACGAGAACGUGAACGCCGACGACGAGAAAGAACCGAAUAUCUUGCUUGGGUGGCAGACGUUCUGGAAAGUUGAUGACGACCACAGCAAAAACGUGGGUGUCGACAAGAAGUCGGACAUCCUCUUAGGGCGGCGUACGUCACAGCGGGCCGGUGAAGAUGUCGGGGAAAGCGGGAGCAGCGACGAGGACGCCGUCUUGAGGUGA